UCCCGUGCAAAUUCGCUGGCGAGUUUGCAACAUUCUCGGCUCACAGCGUUGUUUCAAAAUUGCUGUUCAGCGUUGGUGCUAUGGAGUUGUUGAAGCUUUGGAAAAAGUGGCAAGGCGCCCCAGAUUCUGACAACGAUCAGCCUGGGGAGGAAACAGAGCACCUGCAGCGUGCGCUUGAAAGGAUCGAGCGAGAUUCCAUCCGGUAUAAACAAAGUGUUACAAAGCCUUGGCUUGGCAAGAAUGGCGAGGUGCUGUGGUCCAAGAAUCGAAUUUGCUUGGCAAAGUUUGUGGUGAGCCAAAGCUUCGAGACCUUCAUGGGGCUGGUGAUUUUUGCAAACCUGGUGCUUACAAUCGUUGAGACCAAUUCUGUUGCAGCUUGCUAUCCGGAGUAUGCCCAACAGCUUGAAACCUGUCCACAACGAACUAGUGCGCAAUCAUGGCUACUUGUUUGCACCAUCGUUUUCCAAGUGAUCUACACUAUGGAGUGUGCGUUGCGAGCCUAUGUUGACCGCCAUAACUUUCUUUGGAACAAAUGGAAUCAAAUCGACCUGUGGAUCACCAUUCUUGGGUGGGUAGGAGUUGCCCUGUCAUCCUUGGUGCAUCUGAAUAUCUUGAGAAUUCUCCGAGUCGUGCGAUUGGCCCGAGUAGGACGCCUUGUGAUUUCAGUCCCAGAGUUGUACAUUCUGUUGAGCGGUUUGACAACGUCAUUCAAGCCUAUUCUUUUCGGCUCCAUCAUGCUCAUAUCUGUGAUUUUGGUUUGGUCCGUUGUUGUGGUCGAACUUCUCCAUCCGAUCGCGUCCCAGCUUGAUUUCAGAAAUUGCCCAAACUGCCACAUGGGAUUCAGCGGUGUUUACACAGCCUGGCUGACCUUGUUUUCCCAAAUUGUGGCCGGAGAUUCGUGGGGUCUAAUCUCACUGCCGCUUGCGAAAGCAGAACCCUGGACCACGCCAAUCCUGUUCUUCAUCAUGAUGACGGUCUCUCUGGGAGUCAUGAACUUGAUUUUGGCAGUCAUUGUUGAAAAGGCCGCGGAAGCUCGGGAGAAUGAUCAGGAGAGGAAGCUAAAGCAAGCUGAUCAGCAAAGACAGAAGGACAUGGUCGAACUGGCGGUGCUGUGUGAUCGGAUGGACAACGAUGGCAGUGGUGCUUUGUCCCUUCAAGAGAUGCUAGAUGGCUUCGACUAUGACUUAGAUUUCCAAAAGGUGAUGGCACGAAUGGACAUCGAAAGAUCAGAGGUGGAGACGUUGUUCAAAGCUUUAGAUGCCGAUGCGUCGGGGGAGUUGGACUUUCUGGAAUUUUGCUAUCAUUUGGGUAGCUGCAAAAGGAGAGAUCCAUUGAUGCUCUCUGCUUUGACCAGGUAUGGCGUGAUGGAAGUGAAGACUUUGAUCCAUAGCGAAGUUUCCAAGGCUUUGGAAGAACAGAGGCAGAUGCUUCAAGACCAGCUGGAACUCCUUUCCCACAUCCCGAGCUGUGAACAAGCUGCGAAGCAGCUCCGACAGAAACGCUUGGAAAAGGCGUGUGAUGGUUCCGACAGCGGGCAGCAUGGGAAGCAUGUGGGAAACGAUGAAAGCGCCAAGCCCGUGCCAAAGCAGCACGCGCGGCGCACACAGCACCAGCAUCAGGUGCAGCGCAUCCAGAAGUUGCGGGCCACAGUCCGAGAACACAGGCAAUCCUUGAAAGCGACCGAAGAAACGGGAGAGACGGAGCAAAAGAUGUCUCAAACUUUGCCUGCUGGGUCCAUCGGGCUCACUGUGCAACCCGCUGAGAGGCUUGGGUCCCUUCGAAGCGUUGAAACCAUCUCGGAUUCUUUGUCGGCAAGUUGCAAGUUUUACGAGACCAUGCAGAGCCAACUCGAGUCCUUGAUGCUGACGAUAGAACAACUCAGGGCAGACGUCCCGCAAGGACCUGCAGCUAGUUUGAAGCCCACCAGUCCCGUCGGUCAUGAGCCUGAAUCGGCGACCCAGGUGAUGCGGGUGACCCAGGUCACACCGGAUGCAAUAGAAGUAGAUUCCCGUUAUGAUGAGCUGCAGCGCGAAGAGGAGGCGCUACAUGCUAAGUGCAGAAGUCUCAUCAAUUCCAUUGCGCUUUCCCUGGGUGAGCCUCAUGUGGCCAGGGAACAUGUCCGAGUAUGACAGCAGCGACAUGCAGCGAUGGCCCAGGAACUCUGUUGCUGUGGUAGUUGUUACUUUGGUUUCACAAUGAAAGUCAUAUUCGUUGGUU